AUGGGUCUUGCGUCAGGAUGGUGGCAUGAGCUUUGCGAACAAAUUCAUGCUUUUGAGGCUCAACCGAUGCAGACGACCAUCAACGAUACAGCGGUUCUGGAUCGGUCAUUUACCGCUAAUGAUAACGUGCCGAUUGGGCACAAUGUCGCUCAACCAAGCGUAUUAGAGUUGUCCGCAUUGUGCAGUAGUUAUUUAUCUUUUUCUUGGACAAAAAUUAUUAAAAAUCAAUAUUUUAGUUUCUUGAUCUCAUUCCUGGUCGAUGCUCGCGGUGGUGCAAUGCGAGGAUGCCGCCAUUCUGGCGUGCGUAUCAUCAUACCACCUCGAAAGGCCAGUCAACCUGUGCGAGUUACCUGCCGUUACCUUAGAAAGGUAGGUGCUAGAUUAUUGCAUUCACUUCAUUCAAUUUGCAAUGCAAAUGCAAUUGCAAUGCUUUUGCGUUAG